AGGGGGAGGUUUUGGGGGCUAUUUCGCCACCAACCAAUGCUGUGCAGUGUUUAGUAUAGCAUGAGACAGCCAAGGGUGAGCACCCAAGUUUUCACACAAUAAAGGUGCUGAAGGGGACAAGCACUCCUGGGAUACCACCAACCCACAGGAGGGAAACGUACUGUACCACCAUGUACAAGACCAGCUACCUGCACGAGGUGCGCAAGGAAAAGUAUGAGCGUUCAGAUGUCUUCGAUGAGGAACCAGUGGACUCUGAAUCCUCUGCAGGUAUCUCAGCCAUCCAGGGCUGGGAGAGCCUUCAGGAGCUCAACAGCCGCUUUGCCCGGUACAUCAACAGAGCACGAGUCCUGGAGCAGCGCAACGCCGUGUUCCGCAAGCAACUGGAGACACUGCAGCGGAUGGAAGAGGCCAGCGGCCUAGAGGAAGCCUUCGCAGAGCAGACCGAAGUCAACAGGCAGCGCAUCCGGGAGCUGUCCUCCGACCAUGCCAAGCUGCAGCGAGAGCUAAAAGAUGCUUGCAACAUGAUGGAUGAAUUCACCAGCAAAUAUAGAAAUGAAUGUGAUUAUCAAGAACAGCUACGGGGCACACUGGAACAAUUAAACAAGGAGGCUGACAGUUCUCUGCUGAGGAACCUGGAGUACCAGAUCCAGUCACAGUUUCUGCAGGAUGACAUCAACUCCACCAGAGAUAGACACAAGAAGAACCUUGCAGAGAUCCAGACCUAUGUAAACAUUUUACAGCAAAUCAACCAGACACUUCCCCUUGCUCCCAAUGUGUCAGCAGGCCUCUCUGAGGAACAGGAGAAGCUGCUGGCCCAAAGGAAAGUACCAGGGCUGCGAAGUCAGCUGGAGGAAUAUAAGAGUGCCCUCUGUCAGCUGCAGGGUCAGAAACAACGUCUACAAGCUGAGACUGGAGUGUUGGAGCAAAGCAUUAAAAACACACAGGAGAGUUAUGACAAUGAGAUCCAGAUGUACAACGAGCAAAUUGACUCACUGCGGAAGGAGAUUGAGGAAGCUGAGAGGUCCCUUGAGAAGUUCACCAGUGAAUGUCGCCACCUGGCCAUGUACCAGACAUCACUUGAGAAUGAGCUGGAGAGGUACAAGAGGAUAAUCGAGAACGAAGAUAACAGGUUGAAUUCAGCGAUAAUUGGCACUCCCAUUACCCUAUUCACUACUAAUUACCGCUACACUCACACACCCACUGCAUCAAGCAGGGGGAGAGAUAUCACCCAGGCAAUCCAAGAUAUUACCAGCAUCAAGCCCCGCCAGAAAAUCCUGGCCAAGAAGGUUCAAAAGAAGAAAGAAUUGACACCGAAAGAUGUGAUGGACAGUGGCCAGGAAGAAAGAAAUGGGGGAGCAACUGGAGAGGGUCCAGAUGAAGAAACGAAGGGGAUCCCAUCUGUGGACGUGCAGGAAAAGAGGGCGAAGAGAAAAGAGCAGAGGCCUGUUCUCACUGGAGUGUCUCCACAGGAUGUCCCAGAUGGAGCUCAAAUCAGCAAGGCCUUUGACACUCUUUGUAACAUUGUCAGAGACAGAAUGAGGAAGUACAAGAAGCCUGAGCCAAUCGCUGACUUCUACACAAAGGGUCGUUAUGUCCUUGUCACCGGCGAAGGCAGCUACCCGGAUCCAUGCUUCUACACCUCUACACCAUCAGCCGGCCGCAUCUUCGUCACUAUCAGAGAUGAUGUGAUGCCUCCCUAUGAGCCUUACAGGCCCGCCAUACCCUCUCCCCCACCUCCUCCACCCAUAGUAGACCCCAGGCCUCUCGAUCCCACUCUGCCCUCUAAUGGAGGAGGUGGAAAGGACGAUAACAAGGGUGGAAAAGGUAAGGACAAUGGAGGGAAAGGUAAGCAUAAGGGCGGAGAGCCUGACCCUCACUCUAAAAAUCCAAGUCCAGUCCCUUCACCUUCUGGCCCCAAGGACCCUACCCCACCUAAUGACCAUCACAAGAAAAGCCGAGAUGACAACAGGCAGAGUGGGCCCACUCCAAAGCCUGCGCCUCGUGGUGCCAGCACCAGCUCCAGCUCCAGUUCCAGCGCCAACACCAGCACAAGCACCAGCUCUAGCAGCUAUACCCCAGACGCAAUGAGUUACGAGAAGUUGGAGGUUGUGGAGUCUGUGGAGAAGUUCUCCGAUGGCCGCAGGGUCAAAGGUUAUGAGGAGACUUCCAUGGUGGUGGAGACCAUGAUCGAGAAGUCCAGCAAGAAGAAACAUUGAUAAAAUUAUUGAAACCAAAUCUAUUGACAUGAAGAGUCAGUCAACUCCAACAGGGUCCUACAUGGUUCAGGUCCUCUGACAAGAAGACAAUACCGAUAAACACCACUGUUCCUCAAACUGCUGUAAUAAGACCAAUAUUUUUGUCUCUGAGGAAAACCAACCAUGCUUAAAAGACCAACUACACAUUCCUGCGCUGAUAUUAAAUGCUCUUCCAUUUGCUUGCAGUCUCUGGUCUUGCGUCCAGAAUGUGUUUUGCUGGUUUCAUAAGUACUGCUGCUGUUGUUCGACUUAACACCCAGGCUCAUGCUAUGAGUCCUUUACUGUCUGAAAACUUGGGACAAUACAAAAUGAAGCUCCAUGCCACCAAUAAAAUUUAAUGAGAAAAGAAAUAAAAAACUGAGAAAACUGAAAGGUUGCGCCACCCCUCUGAACUCUGUCUUAGGAAUCCAACUUUCCCCUUUGAGCUCAUUUGUUCAAUUGGAUACCACUGCCUGCCCUCAGCACAAUUUUGCUGUGUAUUAAUUUGCUU